AUGUUGAAGGCAGCCAGAUAUCUCUCCCGUACGCUGGUGGAAAACCGCGGACUGCUGUCUAAUAGAGAAGCUCUGUCUAAUAAUGUGCUGGCCCGUUUUAAAUCCGACCAGGUUAAGGGUGCCGUCAUUGGUAUCGAUCUGGGCACCACAAACUCCUGCGUCGCGGUGAUGGAGGGCAAAAAUGCCAAGGUCAUCGAGAAUGCCGAGGGUGCCCGUACCACACCGUCACAUGUUGCAUUCACGAAGGAGGGCGAACGAUUGGUGGGCAUGCCGGCAAAGCGUCAGGCAGUGACCAACUCCGCCAACACAUUCUACGCCACAAAGCGUCUGAUCGGGCGCCGGUUUGAUGAUGCGGAAAUCAAGAAAGAUUUGGCCAACCUGUCCUACAAGGUGGUGAAAGCGUCGAACGGUGAUGCUUGGGUGCAGGGAAGCGAUGGUAAAAUGUACUCACCCAGCCAGAUCGGUGCGUUCGUGCUAAUGAAAAUGAGGGAAACGGCUGAAGCGUACCUGAACACACCGGUUAAGAAUGCGGUCGUUACCGUGCCAGCGUACUUUAACGAUUCCCAGCGUCAGGCUACGAAGGAUGCGGGCCAAAUUGCCGGACUUAAUGUGUUGCGCGUGAUUAACGAACCAACGGCAGCGGCCCUGGCGUACGGUAUGGACAAGAGCGAGGAUAAGAUCAUUGCGGUGUACGAUCUCGGUGGUGGUACGUUCGAUAUUUCCAUUCUUGAGAUUCAGAAGGGUGUGUUCGAGGUAAAGUCCACCAACGGUGAUACACUGCUCGGUGGUGAGGAUUUCGAUAAUCACAUCCUGAACUAUCUGGCGCAAGAGUUUAAGAAAGAUCAGGGCAUCGACAUUAAGAAGGAUGCGAUGGCAAUGCAGCGGUUGAAGGAGGCGGCCGAAAAAGCCAAAUGUGAACUGUCGUCUUCGGUGCAGACGGACAUUAAUCUACCCUACCUGACGAUGGAUGCUUCUGGACCGAAACAUUUGAACCUGAAGCUGACGCGUGCGAAGCUGGAAACGUUGGUCGGUGAUCUUAUCAAGCGCACGAUUGCUCCCUGCCAGAAGGCGAUGUCGGAUGCGGAAGUGAAAAAGUCGGACAUCGGCGAGGUGCUACUGGUCGGUGGUAUGACCCGUAUGCCGAAGGUGCAAUCAUUGGUACAGGAAGUGUUUGGCCGUCAGCCAUCGCGUGCAGUGAACCCGGAUGAAGCCGUUGCCGUUGGUGCCGCUGUACAGGGUGGCGUACUGGCCGGUGAUGUGACCGAUGUGCUGCUGCUUGACGUUACGCCUUUGUCGCUCGGUAUCGAAACGCUCGGUGGAGUAUUUACGCGCCUUAUCACCCGCAACACAACCAUUCCGACGAAGAAAUCGCAGGUCUUCUCUACCGCCGCCGACGGUCAGACGCAGGUCGAGAUCAAGGUGCACCAGGGUGAGCGUGAGAUGGCUUCGGACAACAAGAUGCUGGGAUCGUUUACACUCGUUGGCAUCCCUCCGGCACCGCGUGGCGUCCCACAGAUUGAGGUCGUGUUCGAUAUCGAUGCGAACGGCAUUGUGCAUGUGUCGGCACGUGAUAAGGGAACGGGCAAGGAACAACAAAUUGUCAUUCAAUCUUCCGGUGGUUUGAGCAAGGACGAAAUCGAAAACAUGAUCAAGAACGCGGAACAGUACGCACAGGCCGACAAACAGAAGAAGGACCGUAUCGAAGCUGUGAACCAGGCGGAAGGAAUCGUGCACGAUACGGAAACGAAGAUGGAAGAAUUCAAAGAUCAACUGCCAAAGGAAGAGUGCGAUAAGCUCCGGGAAGAAAUUGCAAAGGUGCGGGAAAUCUUGGCAAACAAGGAAGAAGCCGAUCCGGAAGAAGUUCGCAAAACGACCAGUGCCCUGCAGCAGUCAUCUUUGAAGCUGUUCGAAAUGGCAUACAAAAAGAUGGCAUCGGAACGUGAGAGCAGUGGAAGCAGUAGCAGUAGUGGAAGCAGCAGCAGCAGCGGUUCAGAGGAAGCCGAAAAGAAGGAGAACAAAAAUUAA